AUGACGGUCCAUAUUUUUGGGAAUAGUCCCUCGCCGUCGGUGGCUACCUUCGGGCUCAGGAAGGCUGUUGAAACCGCCGAUACCGAUGUUAGAGAAUUUGUUGGACGCGACUUUUAUGUUGACAACGGGAUAACAUCGUGCGCAGAGGAAUCAGAGGCUAUCAACCUUAUGGAAAAGACCAAGAAAUCCCUCCUAGAGGGUGGUAACAUGAGGCUCCAUAAAAUUGCUUCCAACAGUGAGGUCGUACUGAAUGCGUUCGAACCCAUUGACUUAGCAAAGAACAUCAAGGACCUUCACCUCAACACUGAUACCCCUCCAUUACAGAGAAGUCUGGGGCUCAACUGGAACAUCAUGUCAGACACCUUCACCUUCAAAACAGCUGCGGGCAUCAACGAUAAACCAUACACGAGACGUUGGGUAUUGUCUGUGGUAAACAGUCUUUUCGAUCCCAUUGGAUUUGUCGCCCCUGUUGUGAUUAAAGGCAAACUACUCUUACGAAAUCUAAUGUCCAACUCCUUGGAUUGGGACGAACCCCUACCUACAGACCGACAAGCUGAGUGUGACGUAUGGAGAGAAUCCCUCUUCCUAUUGGAAAGCGCCCACAUUCCGCGACCGUAUACGGAUCUACUCUCUACAGAGGUCGUGAGAAAAGAAAUCCUCAUAUUUUCUGAUGCAUCAAAGGAAGCCAUUGAAGCAGUUUCGUAUGUGAAAAUAUUUGAAGCAAGUGGAAAACAUCACAUUGGAUUUCUACUCGGAAAGGCCAAUGUGUUGUCUACAUUCAUGGCCGAUGUCACCGCUAUUGUAAACGCACGACCCAUCGUGCCAGUCUCUCAUAAGAAGACAUUUUCCUGA